AUGCUUACUCUUCGUGUGGAGAGUGAUGUAUCGGAUAACUCCACAUUACUGUUGGCAGGCAAGUUAUACUUGAAUGGAACAUCCGCUUCAAGGAUUUUCUUUGACUCUGAGACCUCAGCUGGAAAGGAUCGGCUUGAAAGACUACCAGGUGGUGGAGCAGACGAGACAGGGUCUUCAUCAAAGGUGGUUCAUGCACAAAAGAUUGAGCCUCUCACCAUCGCUGAGCUUAACGAGUUUGUUCUCUCUGCUGAACCUCAGAUCAUCGAAUUCCUUUGCACGGCUAAAGUAAUUGGGAUUCAGCUUGACGAUGGUUGGUGCUAUAUUGGCUGCUCUCUGUGUUCGAAGAAACUCAUCCGUGAGGAAACUUCAUUCAACUGUCCCUCAUGCAAUGAAACCAAUGCUGUAGCUGAACUGAAGUAUCGGGUAGUAUUUUCUGUUUCAGACCCGACUGGCACAUCGUCUUUCCUUGGAUUUGAUAAAGAAGUUGCUAAGCUGACUAAUGUGCUAGCUUCCGAAGCUGCGCAGAUUGUGGGGAUUGGUAUUAGUGCCCAUGUUGACACUGAGCUUCCUCGAACUCUCACUGUCAUUGUUGGUAACACCUACACUUUCCAGCUCAAGCUAACAGACUUCAACUUCACUGCAAACCACCAGACCUUCACCAUCUCACGCAUGUUUGCUGCACCAGAGAUAGCUCCCACCCCAAGCUUUGCUGAAGCCGAAGAGGUCCCUCAACCGGCAGUCUCUCAGACUGUGACACGAGGAUCUGCAGCCAAUGGUGCAAUUGGCAGCCGUGAGGCAGCAGAAGAGGAACAGUUUGCUAUGGAAGAGAGUGCCCAUAAGAAGGCACGUGUGGAAUAAGACCUUUUCCUAUAGCUUACAACUACGUUUCUAUUUUAUCAGUUUAUUUUCUCCAGUUUGAACUUUGCUUUUGUUUUUUUUUGCUUUUUUAUCUAAGACAAUGUCUCAGUGGUUAUUCGUUUUCAUUUUUAUCUAUGCAAAUCUUUUUCACGA